AUGAGGGACUUGCGCUGGAGAAGUCGCCCGAAUUGCAACCAGAUCUUUACUCUUGACCGCCUGGCAAAUAACGUCACAUUUAUCGUAACGAGCAGGAUGCAAAGACACCAGAUCACAAUUCACAACGGACGAGCAAUGGAACUUCUGACAGAGACAUUCCUAGCGUCACGCGAACGAUUGCAGGAUUGGAAUGUCAAAGUGCGAGACGGGCAAAAGAUUUUGGCGGGAUUAAUGGAUGCAGAUGUUACAAGAAGUGGCGCCAUGAAACUUGCAAUAAUUGUGGAUGAACUGCGAGACCUGCUGCACGCAUUCUAUGCCGAUCGUCGCACUCUCCUAUACAUCUCCCAAGAUUUGGAUCUCGAUCAACUUAGCGAUUCGCAUGUUUCACCAACUGCACAGAUUCCCCGCGACAUGAUUCUCCUUUGCGUAGACUAUGUCCGUACACUGGAAAAGGAUUACACGGUCAGAGAGGCAAUUUGUCGGGACAUUUGUAGCCGAAGGGAGACUCUCUCGAGAAAGGAGUUGGAUGUGAAUACGGCACUAUGGGGACAAACACCAACCUUUCAAGAAGUCUUUCCUGGGUUUAAUAAAUAAUUGGAAGUUAUAAAUCAGUGAACGUCUCUAAGGCCUCGUUCAAGCCCUUGCGCACGUUAUAUGGGAAAUGAUCCAUCAACAUACUCCGUGAGAGCAGAAUUUCAGUAAAGUCCGCUUUAUCUGCCCAGCGCGCUGUGUAUCGUGGUGGAGGGUGUCGGCGAUUGUACUUCUUGUUUGAACGUGCUUUCGGGAUGCCAAGAGGUGAUAGACGGACAAUGUGGAUGAUUGUUCCAGGAACAUACAUCUGUACGGAUUUGCGCACUUCGACAGUAGUUCCACCCGUGGGUGAUGCUGCCUCGGCCUGCACGUUGUCGUCUGCGGGCACUUCCUCCUGGCGAGGAAGAUCCACAAUACACUCACUGGAGGUCGUCUCGGCCAUUUUCUGUUCUUCGUUUUCUCUGACUCGUAAUACAUCCUCCUCACAUUCCACGACACCUUCUCCUCUUGUCCACCGCUUCGUCCACCCCAAACCAAAACCUGCAGCCAGCACGUGGAGUUUAUGCACAUUGCUAUGCCCACACAGAUAUGCGACAUCUCUCUUUGCACGCUCCAGGGACGUGCGGCUUAGACGUGGUACGAGAUCAUCGUUG